UGGUCGCGUGACAUAAUAGAACUAAAAAUAAUCGAUGCAGAUUUUCCAAUCUAUUGUAGUCCGCGUUCUGGACAUAUACAUCUAUGAAAAAAAAGAGAGAGGUCAUGUAAUCGUGAAAAACAAGUCGGAGAUUAGAACAGCUGGCUAAACAGUGUUUCAGCAUAACUAAGAGGCGACUGCAUGCAGUAUAUUUAAUCGCUCAGGUGCAUGUUGCAUAAUUCGUAAAUAAUUCAUAAAGGGCAUGGAUUUAUUUAUUUAUUUAUUUGGUUAGAUUGUGCAUGGAAAGCAUUUUUGUUCAUGUUAAUCUUCACAGAGCUCUUAGUGAGGAAGACUCACUUGUGGGUUUUUUUUUCUUCUUUUUUGUGUGUUCUGUCAGUACUCCAGGAGAAAAACACACUGCUCAGCCUGGGGGUUUCUGCAUAAUGGGAGAAAUACUCUAAGUCUGUGAUACCAACCAACUCCGUUCGUACCAUGAACAGCACUGCAUGGCCUUUGGACCUGGCAGAUUUUGCUAGGAGCCAGGCCUUCAACAGCACUCUUGGACAGACUCCCGUCAGCGGCUGGGCCUUGAUCCACACGGCUACUCUGGCCUCCUGCUCUCUUCUCCUCGUUCUUAUCUUCUGCCUGGGCUCGUAUGGCAACUUGGUGGUGUUCCUCUUCUUCUUUGACCCAGCAUUCCGCAAGUUCCGUACCAACAUUGACUUUAUGAUACUGAACCUGUCUUUCUGCGACCUGUUCAUCUGCUGUGUUACUGCACCCAUGUUUGCGCUCAUCCUUUUCCUGGACGUCGGGGACAGUGGAGGUGGUGUAUCAAAGGGCUUUUGCUUUGCCUUUCAUCUCACUAGCUCAGGUUUCAUCAUCAUGUCUUUGGAAACAGUGGCAGUCAUUGCCUUGCAUCGGUUGCGCAUGGUACUGGGCCAGCAGCCAAACCAUGCUGCCUCCUUCCCAUGCACUUUGUCCCUCACGGCCCUGCUGUGGACUUCUAGCUUCACGCUGGCAGCCUUGGUCACCUUAAGAGCCUACCCCAGGAGCGCUGGUCCCUGCCUGCCUCACUUUGGUCUCACGGGGAAUCGGGCAAAGGUGGUGUUGUACGUGUACCUUGCAGAUUUCGCUUUUUGUGUGGGUGUAGUGUCCAUGUCAUACCUUAUGAUUGCACAGGCAUUGCGAAAGAAUGCGCUGGUGCGGAAGUGCUCUGUUAUCAUGGUGGGUGCCACACGUCCCCCAGCCGCUCCUCCAGCCUUCAUUGCUGCCGGAUUUGAGGGUAUACAGUGUGCUGUCCAGGUGCCUUCACUCUAUCGUAACCAGACCUAUAACAAGCUUCAGCAUGUUCAGACACACCCAUUCACAAAGAGUAGUAGUCAGGCCCUAGUGCCCAGGGCUGCCACACAUGCUACCUGCUGCCAGUUGGUUUCCAACCUGUCCACAACCAAGGAUUCCAAGGCUGUCGUGACGUGUGUGGUCAUAGUUAUAUCUGUGCUUCUGUGCUGCCUGCCCAUGGGUGUGGCUUUGGCACAGGAUGUUUUGUCUCCAGAGAACAGCUUCAUUCACUACCAGUUUGAGCUGUGUGGAUUUGCUCUUAUCUUUCUCAAGUCGGGCAUAAACCCAUUUGUUUACUCCAGGAACAGCGCUGGCCUGCGACGCCGUGUGCUCUGCUUCCUCCAGUGGCUGGCAUUCGGCUCCUUCUGCUGCAAGCACAAGACCCGUUUGCAUGCCAUGGGCAAGGGAAACCUGGAGGUAAACCGCAAUAAGUCCUCACACCAUGAAACCAACUCAGCCUACAUGCUCUCGCCAAAGCCGCAGAGGAGGCUGGUGGACCAGGCAUGCGGGCCUAGCCACUCUCGGGACACCAUGCCCAGUAUGCGUGCCACAACUGGAUGCAAAUCCCAUCCCCCUAGCAGCUCCACACCCAUCAACACCCGCAUAGAGCCCUACUAUAGCAUCUACAAUAGCAGUCCCUCACAUGGACCCAGUUCGCCCAAUAGCCUGAAACCAGUGAACUCUCAGACCACAGGCUUUGCGAAGAGCUUCAUGGCCAUGCAUUAUCACAUCCACCAGGAGGCACUGCAGGACUUUGACAGUACCUCAGCCCAUCAGAUACCCACACCCUCAGUAUGA